AACAUGUGUAACGGGCUAGCAGGAUGAUGAUGUGGGCUCCAGUAGGAGAAGAGAAGUGUGUGACAGGCUAGUCUCCCUCCAUCAUAUGGCAGCAGAUUCGGUGAAAUGUACUCGUGUGUGGCUGCUGUUGUUGCUCUGCGCCCGGCUGUCCGAGAGCGGAAACCCCCGAUGGUCUAUGGACGAUGACCUCCUGCUGCCCUAUGCUCACGGACACGGCCCCUCCCACUCUCACCGCUACGUCCGAAGCUGUCAGUCCAUCGUUCAUGGCAACACCACCCAUGAAAGCUGGCCCUCCAGCAAACGCAGCGGCCUGCCGGUCGCUGAGUCCACGGUGUUUGUGUCGGAUGUGCCUGAAUCCUCUCCAUGGGUUUAUGGUCACAUGACGGUGGUCCGCGACCCGCUGAGGACCGUGUCCGUGUUGGAGCCGGGAGGGCCGGGCGGCUGCAACAUGAAUCAGAGGGUGUCCGUGGAGGAGACGGCUAAAGCUGCUGGCUGUCUGUACGCCCAGAAUGGCGGCUUCUUCAACACAGGAUCGGGGCAAUGUUUGGGCAACAUUGUGAGCAAUGAGAAGAUGGUGCAGGACAGCGGUGGGGUGCAAAAUGCCCAGUUUGGGAUUAGGAAGGACGGCAGCCUGGUGUUUGGGUAUCUGUCUCAGGACGACGUUUUGGACCAGUCCAACCCCUUUGUCCAGUUGAUCAGUGGUGUGGUGUGGCUCCUGAGGAGCGGAGAGAUUUACAUCAACCAGAGUCUCGAGGCCGAAUGUAACAAGACACAGGAGACGGGGACGUUACGUACGUUUGUGGACGUGGUGUCAGCCAGGACGGCCGUAGGCCACGAUGCAGAGGGAAACCUGAUCCUAUUCCACAUUGACGGGCAAACAGGAAUAAGGGGUAUGAGUCUUUGGGAGGUGGCUGAGUUCUUGAAGAAAUAUGGAGUGAUCAAUGCUAUUAAUCUGGAUGGAGGCGGGUCUUCCACCUACGUGGUUGAUGGAUCAUUGGCUAGCUACCCCUCUGAUCAUUGUAAACAAGACGACAGGUGGCGCUGUGCUCGGAGGGUUUCCACCAUCCUGUGCGUCCAUCAGAGACAUUGCCAUCCAGCCAACUGCAGUGGACACGGUGACUGUGUGGAUGGACACUGUUGGUGUCAGGAGGGCUGGAAGGGGGCAGCCUGUGACUCUCUGGUGUGUCAGCCACCAGCUUGUGGACCCCAUGGUGUCUGCACUGCAAAUGGCUGUGUCUGUGAUGCCGGAUGGAGAGGACACAACUGUAGCCAAGAGUGCCUCCCAGGUUUCUACGGUGACGGCUGCAAUCAGACCUGCUCCUGCGUUAACGGCGGCUUAUGUGACCCCGUCCACGGCGGCUGCACCUGCCCUCCUGGUUUCCACGGCCACGCCUGCGAACUAGUGUGUCCUCUGGGUUUCUUCGGCCAGUCUUGUGCUAAGGAGUGCCGCUGUGACAACAUGUGUCCCUGUGACCCACAGACAGGAAGCUGCAACUCCACUCUGACCAAAGAGAACAACUACACUCUACACAGAGCGGGACACUGCCUGGCCAAACAGAUGUUUACAUUUUGGAGACAGCAGGAAAAAGCUCACAGCGAGCAGCCUUAUCUGACGCAGCGAUCGUGGCUGAUAAUCACCAUCACCCUGGCUUCUCUUCUCUCAGCCAGCCUGAUCGUUCACCUCGUACAAGCCUGCAGCGGCUCUGUGGCGUCCCGCUCACAAGAGCGGCGGGACUACUCCUACGUCCCGCUCAACGACAUCAAUGGACCAGCUUCGCGUUACAGAGACGACGCUGGGAAAUCAGGAAAAUUGGAUCUUGGCGACUCUGGCUCUGAGGAUGAGGUCUGGACUCCUUCGCGCUCAGGGAGGUCGUAGCCGUCAUGACCGAGGACGCUGUAAAUGCACAAAAACUCAGCAAUCCUCUGCUUUAUUUAUUUUUCUUCGACGGUCCAGAAAUGACAUGAAACUAAAGAACAGUUUGGCUGCAUUCUUUAUACGCUCUCUGCUGGCAUCACACUGCCCUCCAGGUAUUUUCACAGAAAGCUUUUGGCAGCUGUUCAGGUUUCACUUGACGUUUUUGUUUGCAGUCAAGGCUUUAGAAUCUGAGGAUGAACAGCAAGUGGUCAAAGCUUUAUUUUGUCAAUCUAUGCCAGAUCCAGGUACGAUCAGGUUUUAAAAAUGAAAAUUUUUGUGUCAUGUAAUCUGACUAACUGAACUCUAACCACACACUGAGAUCACAAAAUGAGGUUCUAUAGUUACCCACAUGUUGUUGACCUUGGAUAGAUCAACACAUGGUAACCAGGUCCAUAACCAUGUUAACGCCUGAUGUCAAUAGCCUGAGUGCUGAUCGAUCAGAUCAACAGACCAUUUUUGGCUCUGGUUGGUUCUGUUGAGUAUUAUAUUUAGUUUGGAUAGGCACAACAUCAGCAGUGUUUAAGCUGACGAGCCUCAUACUGAGAUAAGUAUGAGGUUAAUAUGCAAACUGUUUUGAGUUACAGUGAAUCAGAUAAAAAUAAAAAUGAAAGAAGCACACUUUUCAUGAUGUAGUUUGUUGAAACAUGUAUGUGGAACAGGGACAACUUUGGGUAUUUCUUAGAAUUUGCUGGAAAAAAAAACACCAAUUUAAUGUAUUUUCUGUGAGGUGUCACACUUUAUCUUGCAGUGUUGUCAUCACUGCUGUCAACUGAUUUUGCUCAUUUGCAGCAGAAAAAGGUGUGGCAUGUUGUAAAUAGAACGGUUCCCUCCUCCGCUCAACUUUCACCCCAUCCGAGCUGAACGUUGAGUCAUGUUAACACGUUAGCAUUUAGCAUUUAACACGGUGAGUUGCAUCUAAAACCAAUGAUCUUUUUGAAAUGCUAAAGUGCUAACGUGAGCGUGCUGGGAUUACGUAGCCUCGCUGUUGGUGUGCAUUCAGAACACAUGAUCCACUUUUUAUCCUGAUAUGACCUUAAGUGUUAGAGAUGAAGUCAGACGAUUUGUCAGUCUGUGAGAUUUAUUCUGAUGACAUGACUGUCUCAACAGAGAUAUUCCACAGUGGACCAGAGUAUUAAAUAUAUAGACCAAAAGGAAGACACUGCCAAACCUUUAGAAUGCUCCAAAACCGAUCUCAUCAGUGGAGUCACAAAAACACAUGUUGUUACUGUGGAUACAGUGUUCCCAAAUUCCUUGUAUGUGUUUUUCUAACUGUUAAAACACAUGAUGGAUGGCCUUUAAAAUCUCUAAGCCGUCUUUUCCACCUCACUGACUGGUUUAAACCUGGCUUCUUUUUUUUUUUCACCCAGCUGCAGCGUUGUGUUACCGUCAGGACACUCGGGUGUGGCUCCAUGCAGACGUGGUUGUUUAUGUGCAGAGAAAUCCAGGUCAGCUGUAUCUGAAGUUUCACCCGGAGGUCACUGCACCUUUAAGGGCUUUUCUGUCGACUGUCAGUUCACUGAAGCGUUGGCUUCAACUCUGACCUUGACCGUGUGUGUCCUGUUUCCCUUUUUUCUUUUUUUACUGAUUUCUGAACUCUUUUUAAAUUCCCAUCUUUAAGUUUCCACCUGUUACUUGAAUGUUUUGGUGGGUUAGACCCUCCUGAAGCGUGAUGCAAAAAAUGGUCUGGUUUGCUGGGUUUAGUUUUUUAUAGAGGAAAAGGAGAGAAGUUUUUACGCUACGUCUGAAUACUCGAUUUAAGAUUAUGUAUUUGUAAAAGCAAAUCACUUAAAUGUGCCUCAUAAUAUUCAAACUUCAAAGUCCAUUUCAACUUUUUUUUAGUUUUUUUUUUUUAAAGACAACAAUCAUCUCCUGCUAAAGUGCGUCCUUAACAGCACUGACUUGCGUUUGUACAUGUUUCUCUGCAGUCUGACAGGCUACAUGCAGACAUAGGGCACAUGCUGAAGUGCUCAGCUGUCUGAAGUAUUACCCUGCAGCUCAGACAUGAGAGUCACAUUCACACAAGAGCAGCAGGAAUCUGAGCACCAUUACAUCACACCAGCGGUUCUCAGCUGAUCUCAGUAUUUGCCAUAACAUACGUCUUUCUCCUGUUGUUGUUUUUGGGAUGUAAAUUGUGCGCGUGUGUAAGAUUUGUCACAGAUCAAUGUACAAUCAGAUGUGUCAGAAUGCCUGUUUGAACAAAUAAUGAAUUUUAGGAGAAUAACAAGACACAAAAAUCACCAGUUUCUGUCAGAUGUACUAAACGUGCAUCAGUGUAAGCAAAGAUACCAAAAAGAGUGAAUCAGCCGUGUUUGUAUUUUCUUAAUUUGCCCGUUAAUGAGCGUCUUUGUGUAGCGCCCCCUGGUGUGUGGAGGCCAGCAUCUACACGUUGUUUACAUGUGAAACAGGUUGUUGUUGGCUAGCUGUGUCUCAUACAAAUGCAGUUUUUAACAUUACAGCUACAAAUAUGUGAAAUAUUACUUUUAUAGCUUCUGCUGUUGUUUUGUAAAGAAUAAAAUAAUGUUAGUGCAGCGUGGGUACAGUAUAACUGUUGAUUUACAUAUCAGUGUUCCUUUGAACAAGGAAGAGUGACAAGCAGUAUGUGCCAUCUUUAUGCGGCUGUAUAAAUAAAACUCAUUUUAAAUAGUA